AUGGACAAAAAGAUCAUUAAAGGCCUUAAGAAAAGCAAGUUAUUAAAUAAAGAUUACCAGGAAGCCCUCAAUAGGCUCAAACAGGCAUCUGUAAAUACCAGAGGGAACCGAAAGAGCAAAUUUGAUGGUCUGACUACAGAUAAGAUACUUUCUAGUGGUAUCUCAAAACAUUCGAGGCAUGCAAGCCAGGGGAGUAACCCACAGAUGAGAAAUAUUGGGAAAAUCUUAUCUCCGAAUAGGGCUAACAACAGGAGUACCAACAUCAGAAGAAAGGGGUCCUUGGUAAAAGGUAUGAAAUUUAGUAAAUCUAAGGGAAAUAAAUUGCAGUUAAACUAUAUUACUCCUUUGCCAAACCCGAAAGAAACGAAUUUGAAAAACAAGAGAUAUAAUUCAACGCAUAAAUUAACUGAAAAGGACGCCUUUCCGUACAUUCGUUCGAAGAUAAAGCACAAAGGACUGCAUAGUUAUCUCAGUUCAGCUAAUAAUUUGCCAACACAGCUUUCUAAAGGGAAUAGCAGGAAGUCAAGACUGAUGAAUAAGUCUACAGAGUUUAUCAUUAAGACCCAGACUAAAGGCAAGGAUGCUCCGACUAUGAUUAGUUCAAGUAUGAACUCUGAAAUCAACCCAAAUAAGUCUCUCUUCGAUCUUGUUGGCAGCGUCACAAGUCAAGUGGAGAAUGUGGAAGAGAUCCAUUUCAUGAUGGUUAAGAUUCACCAAGCCAUUAGAAAUUCAGUUGAGAAGAUUGAGAAAAAGAAUUCUGCAAUUGUACUUGAGGAUGAAUCGACUCUUAAAAAUUUUAAAUAA